ACGACCAGUCCAUCCAAGCCGCACCAAGACCGAGCCAUGUCCGCAAUAGCACUGGGCGCCGCCGGCACCUGGCCGGAGGCCGUGAUCCAGUGCCUCCUCUUCCUCCUCGCCGCUGGCAUGCUCCUCGCGCUUCACUCCCUCCCCCGCCGCGCCGCCCUUCGGCUGCGCCGCUCCGGCGCCGCCGGCGGCUCCUACGCGGCCCAGUCGCGCCGGCACUUCGCUCAGGGUGCCCAGCUUCUCGCCCGCGCGCGCGCUACGGCCCCUAAGCCCCCGGGCCCGCUCGCCCGCGCGGCCGUCGCCGAGGCUGACCGCGCCAUCGCUCUCGACCCCCGCGACGCCGCCCCGCUCAUCCUCAAGGCCCUCGCCCUCGACCUCCAGGGCCACCGCCUCCCUGCGCUGCGCGCCCUCGACGGCGCCCUCGCGCCGCCGCUCGCCCGCUCACUCGAGCCGCGCGAGCGAGGGGACGCGUUGGCCAAGCGCGCCGAGAUCGCGCUCGCACUCCACCGCCGCCGCCGCCUCGACCAGGCCGCUGUCGAUCUCGCGGAGGCCGUCCGCCUGAGUCCCGAGAAUGCCCGCGCCCAUGCCCUUCUGGGCGAGUGCUACGAGAAGAAGGGGCUCGCCGCUGAAGCUCGGGAAGCCUUCAAGACCGCUGCAUCCAUCGAUCCAAAGCUUGGUGUUGCGCUUGACGGGCUCCGUCGGUUAGACGGAGGCAACGAAGGAGACGAAAAUGACUGAUGAACCUGUUGCUGAUGAGCAUUUUACAUCUGUUGUAUAUUUGUGGCCGAAUGCAGUCAUGCACUACCUUCUGGUUCAAAUUGGUAAAAGUGGUUUGUUAUGUGGUCUUUCUGUAAUUGCUUAACUUAAAGAUGCCACUAAACAUGGUUUACUGUUGUAGAUUACCACAUUUUCAAUCGAGCAAUAGUAUGACUUCGUUGUUAACUUUGUUGGUAUUCAGCUCAA